AUGAAAGUUGAAGAAUUAAUUAUAGAUGGUUUUAAAUCCUAUGCAACAAGAACAGUCAUCUCAGAUUGGGACCCACAAUUCAAUGCCAUCACUGGUUUAAAUGGUUCAGGUAAAUCAAAUAUUUUAGAUGCAAUAUGCUUUGUUUUGGGUAUAUCGUCAAUGACUACAGUUAGAGCCUCAAAUUUACAAGAUCUGAUCUAUAAGAGAGGCCAAGCUGGUGUCACGAAGGCAAGCGUUACCAUUGUAUUUGAUAAUACCGAUAAAUCAAAUUCUCCUAUUGGGUUUAACACAUCACCAAGAAUAUCAGUGACAAGACAAAUUGUUAUAGGUGGUACUUCCAAAUAUUUAAUUAAUGGCCAUAGAGCUCCACAACAAUCUGUAUUACAAUUAUUUCAAUCAGUUCAAUUAAAUAUUAAUAAUCCUAAUUUCUUAAUUAUGCAGGGAAAAAUUACUAAAGUUUUAAAUAUGAAAUCCACAGAAAUCCUAUCACUAAUUGAAGAGGCAGCUGGGACCAAAAUGUUUGAAGAUCGUAAAGAGAAGGCCCAGAGAACAAUGACCAAAAAAGAUGGUAAAUUAAUUGAAAAUAAUUCUAUAUUAAAGGAAGAAAUUGAACCAAAAUUAAAUAAAUUGAAAAACCAAAAAAUUUUGUUCUUAGAAUUUCAACAGGUUCAAACAAAUUUAGAAAAAUUCAAUAGAAUUAUUAAUGCAUAUCAUUUUAAAGAUUUAAAUGAAAGUUUCAUCAAAUUCGAAAAUAAUAUUCAAGUACAAAAAAAUAGGGUUCAAGAUUUGAAAAACUUGAUCACUUCUACAAAGGAUGAAUUGAAUAAUCUCAAUAAUGAUUUGCUAGAGCUGAAAUCUAAGAGAGAAAACAAUAGCAAUAAUAAUGACACAAUACCAAGCCCAUUACAAUCUUUACAGAAAGAAGAAUCAAAACUAUUGAAUGAUAUUUCAAGAGUUCAAACUAAUUUAAAAAUAUGCCUGGAAAAUUUUAAAGAGAAUUCUACGAUUGAAAAAGAUUUAAAAGCUACAUUACCAAACCUAAAAGAUCAGUUAACUUCUAAAAAGAAACUUUUUGAAACAAAACAAAAUAAUUAUAACCAAUUAAAAAUUGAAUUGGAUAAGUUAAAAAAUUUGUAUUCAACAAAGGAAGAAUUAUUUUCAACCUUACAAACUGGGAUCUCUUCAACAGGUACUACAGAUGGUGGUUAUCAACAACAAUUAAUUAAUCAAAAGACUUUAGAAAAUGACACAAAAUUAUCCAUUAAAAAAUACAAGAUGAAAAUUGAUCUUUUAAAUAAAGAAUUAAUUAAUAACAAUCCAAGAUUAGAAAAGGCAAAGAUUGAUCAUGAGAAAGAUUUGAAUAAUUUAAAUAUAAUUAAACAAAAUUAUGACUUAUUAAAUGAAAAAUUAAGGAAAAUUGGUUAUGAUAAACAUCUUGUCAAUAAAUUAAAGACAGAUCAAAAUAAUGUUCAAAACCAAAUUUAUAAACUGACAGAAAAAUCAGACUUUAUGAAAAAAAAAUUUAAUAAUUUAGACUUUAAUUAUUCAAUGCCAUCAAAAGAUUUCAAUCCAAAUAGUGUUAAAGGUGUUGCAGCCACACUAUUUACUAUUAAUGAUAAUGCUAUAGAAAGUGCCUCUGCUUUACAAGUAUGUGCUGGUGGUAGGCUAUAUAAUGUUGUCGUAGAUAAUGAAACUACUGCUUCACAGCUAUUAGAAAAAGGGAGGUUACGUAAACGUGUCACUAUCAUUCCAUUAAAUAAAAUUGCGUCUCGUAGAUUGAAUGAAAAUACCGUAAAUUUUGCAAAACAAUUAGCUCCUGGUAAAGUAGAUUUGGCAUUGAAUCUAAUUGGCUACAGUGAUGAAUUAUCAAGAGCUAUGGAAUUCAUAUUUGGUACAAGUUUAAUAUGUAAAGAUUCCGAAACUGCAAAAAAAGUAACUUUUCAUCAAAAUAUCCGCCAAAGAUCAAUUACCCUAGAAGGUGAUGUAUAUGAUCCAGAAGGAACUUUAUCAGGUGGGAGUAGAAAUAAUAAAAAUUCUUUACUAUUGGAUAUUCAACAUUACAAUAAAACUUGCAAUGAAAUAAAAAUAUUAGAGGAAAAUUUGAGAGAUAUUAAAAUUAAAUUAAAUGAACAAGAAAAAAUCUAUUCAGCUUCAAAAGUCAUCCAAAAUGACCUAAAUUUAGCCGAACAUAAAUUAGCAAUGGCUCAAAGAAGUGUUGAUUCAAAUCAAUCAACUCAACUUAUUAAAAGAAAUGAAGCAAUUUCUCUUGAGAUCAAAAGUUGUGAAAAUAGUAUUACUCAAGAACAAAAUAAAUUAGAAUCUAUCCAAAACUCCAUUAUUCAAAUUGAAAAAGAUAUUAAUGAAUUUAAUAAUGACAAAGGGUCUAAAUUAAAGGAAUUACAACAAGAAAUUAAAGCCUUAUCGAAAAAAUUAUCUGUAAAAGAAAAUGAAGUAGAAAAUAUUUAUGAUUCGUACCAAAAUGAUCAAUUGGAAAUUGAACAAUUAUCAAGUGAUAUCCAGGAUUUGGAGGAAAAAUCGAUAAAAAAUUUAAAAAAAUUAAAAGAUGUAGAGAAUGAGAGGAUUCAAAUAGAAUCUCAUUUGGAUGAAAUUAAUCAUCAACUAUCAGAAACACAACUGAAGUUAGAAGAUGAGCGUAAACGGUUAUUCCAAUUAGAUGAAGAAAUAAAUGAUUUAACUAAACUAUUGAAAAAGAAGAGUGAUGAUAAAGCAGAUUAUGAAAAUGAAUUAAAACAAUUACAACAAGAAUUUUCAAACUAUCAAAAUAAUUCAGAAAAUAUUAAAGCAAAUAUUCAGCACAUUUUGUCCGAAAACCCAUGGCUUGAAGAUAAGAGUGUAGUAGAAAGCAUUAUUGAAGAAAAUGCUAAUAUUAACUUGAAAGAAUAUGAAGCAAAAUCAAAAGAGUUAACUGAAACUUAUAAUGAAAUGAAAAGAAAAGUAAAUCCAAAUAUUAUGAGUAUGAUAGAAAACGUUGAAAAGAAGGAAACGGCUUUGAAAACAAUGAUAAAAACUAUCGAAGAAGAUAAGAUUAAAAUUCAAGAGACAAUAUCCAAAUUAAAUGAUUACAAGAGAGAAACUUUACUGAAAACUUGGGAGAAAGUUACAAAGGACUUCGGUAAUAUUUUUGGAGAUUUACUACCAAAUUCAUCUGCUAAAUUGGUUCCAAGUGAAGGCAAAGACAUCACUGAGGGAUUAGAAGUUAAGGUCAAAUUAGGCAAUAUAUGGAAGGAGAGUUUGGUAGAAUUAUCUGGUGGCCAAAGAUCCUUGGUAGCCUUAUCAUUGAUUUUAGCAUUAUUACAGUUUAGACCAGCUCCAAUGUAUAUUUUAGAUGAGGUUGAUGCAGCAUUGGAUUUAAGUCACACCCAAAAUAUAGGUCAUUUAAUUAAAACAAGGUUCAAAGGUGCACAGUUUAUCGUUGUUUCCUUAAAAGAAGGUAUGUUUACUAAUGCAAAUAGGGUAUUUAGAACUAGAUUUCAAGACGGUACCUCUGUAGUAAGUGUUAUGUAA